GGCGGAGGCGGCCCCGCCGCGCCCGCGCCUUUGGGUGUCGCUUUGCCUCUCGCACCCACUCGCACCUGCCACCGCGCGGAUAUCAUGUCGAAGGCGGCCGGGAGCGGAGCGGCGGCGGCGGAAAGUUGUCCCGCGGCCCCUGCGGGCCCACCCGCGGCCGUGGAGGACCUGUCCAAAGUGUCGGACGAGGAGCUGCUGCAGUGGAGCAAGGAGGAGCUGAUCCGCAGCCUGCGGCGCGCCGAGGCCGAGAAGGUGAGCGCGAUGCUGGACCACAGCAACCUCAUCCGCGAGGUGAACCGCCGCCUGCAGCUGCACCUCGGCGAGAUCCGCGGGCUCAAGGAUAUCAACCAGAAGCUCCAGGAGGACAACCAGGAGCUGAGGGACCUCUGCUGUUUCCUGGAUGACGACCGGCAGAAGGGCAAGCGGGUGUCGCGCGAGUGGCAGCGGCUGGGCCGCUUCACGGCCGGCGUGAUGCACAAGGAGGUGGCCUUGUACCUGCAGAAGCUGAAGGAGCUGGAGGUGAGGCAGGAGGAGGUGGUGAAGGAGAACAUGGAGCUCAAGGAGCUCUGCGUGCUGCUGGACGAGGAGAAGGGCGCGGGCUGCGCGGGCAGCCGCUGCUCCAUCGACAGCCAGGCCAGCCUGUUGCUGAAAAUCGACUCCUGA